AAUAUACCAAAAGCUUCAUCGGCUUCGGCACGAGAACUAGAUGGAGUGCCAUGAGUAUACAUGACGAGUGUACAUGUUGCUGCUCAGGUAGAUUUAUUUCAUCGUUGUAGGUCGUCGUAUGGGAGUCAGUCGGUUUUUCUGAAUCCGAGUUGCUUGUACUCGUAUUGUUUGAGUGAAUGACUGCAUUCGUUUUCGUUGCAUGAUAAAAGAGAAGGGUCGCAACAUUUUUUAGCGGGCGAUUUUUUUUGUCACACUAAGUUACUUAGUUAGCACUGAUUAGCAGGGAAGUAGGAAUAGGAUGAAGAAGAGCUACGAGAUUGCAGCAUCAACAACGCAGCUGAGCAGGUCUUGAAGCACUAGCAGUGAUGUUGUCUGGACAACAAACACAACCUUUCUCGAGCAUGUUUCCACGUCAAGCCCGCCUGGGCUUGUCAGCUUUGUUACUUCUGGCGCCGGAGAAAACUGCUGCUCGCGAAGUGGUUGAUGUCGGCACCGAUGGCCUAGCAACAUCCCGAACGGAUUGGAUGGAGGACGGGUACGACGAGCACUCCCCUUCCGCCCCUGCUGCGGACGCCGAAGGACCGGGAGAAGAGAACAAUAGGCACCCGUCUUCAGCAUCUUUAGCAUCCUCGGCUUUUUCGCAAAUGCACGGCAUCCCAAACUUCUCGACGCCGGCGGAUCCCGUUUCCAACACGCGACCCGUUUGGGAGGACAAACUGCGAUCAGCUCGCUUCGAGGGCGAAUGGAUGGCGUACGUUGUCAGCACCACCUCGAUGGAGGAGCAGCUACUGGGAAGUGUUACUGUUGACGAGCUGUGGAAACUGCAGGUACUGAUAAGAAUUCUCCUUGGAGAAGGAAAAUGUAGUUAAAUUGGAAAACUUCUCAUGAACGAUUCAGACAUCAGAACCUCAAAAAAAAUUCUAUAUUAUAAAUACGUAUAUAUCUGUAUCACACGGCUAAACGCUUCACUUUUAAAAACCUCACUUGCUAAAAAAAAAAUUUUUUUUAGUGAGGUUUGACGCUGUUGCUUACAGCAUCGGCAGCUACGUGCCGACGGCGGCGAUUGCGGCGCCUGCACCUUCUGGAUCAGUGGAAGGACGACUGAGCCUUGCUUUGGGGGGCAGAGAUUGGCUUUUGACUAGUGAAGACGCCACGACUUAUAAUUCUGAGAGCGAAAGUUCCACAGAGUCUUCAUUUGAGUAAGAUGAAAGCAAAAAGUCAACUUUUGUGAACGAAAAAGUGAAAAAGUCGACGACUUGAAAGUAAAAUGAAUCAAGCGUCAUUUUUUUGAGCGUAGCACCGGCCGAAGAAUUCGCAAAAAUCCAAAAACUGGCUCCGGGGGCAGUUGAUUCAUUUUCGCCGUUUUUGGCCACCGUAGAAUCGGCGCGAGCUCUCAAAAGCGAGCACUUUUGAAAAUCGUCGAAAUGGUGCAUCAAAGCGAUGCUUUUGCGAAAAGUGCUAUGGUUUUGAGGCAUUUCUGGAAAGAACAUAGGUGGGAUUGUCAUUUGAUUCACCUCUCAAAACUGGCCUUUUUUGGUGGCCCGAAAGUGACUCCUUUUUCGAGGCCUUUUGGGUUGGAGCUUAGGCGUGGCUGACAAACGAUUCACCUUCUCGAGGCAGCUGCUUUGCUUUCAGAGAUCCAAAAAAACACCAAAAAAAAAUUUUUUUUAAUGAGUGAAGUUUUUAAGCGUGAAGCGUUUAGCCUUGUGAUAAUCUGUUGUAGUUUCGUGGCCAGUCAAGAUGUCUGAUCGAUGCAGCCCUCCUGCUUUAUGUACUUCUUGCACGAGAAAGCGUACGUAGAAACAGAAAUAAACUUCUAUGCCGCUCAGAUACUGAAGCGGAAGUUCCAGCUCCAAUUUCCCGGCCUCCUGCUCAAUUUCGGCGCGUACCGGUUGGGCUUGAACGUUUUGAACUUCGAUACCGACAACAACUACCGGCUUAGCAACGAGGAGUUCGCGAGGUUUUUUGAGCACCAAUUGCAAUUGUACCGCGCGCAGCUGCUGAUUUCGUCCUCACCGUCUAACACCACCGAGAUGCUGAACACAUCAGCCUUGGCAAAAAUAAACAACACUAGCAUGACGGACGACGCGGCGUUUUGUUUCUCGCAGUUUGACACGGACCAAAUACCGGUUGCCGAGCUUGUCGCCGCGGCCUGUUUGCAACAGUUCCCGGCUGACCCUACGGCAGCAAAGAUCACCAACGCCACAGCAGGCGACCCGUCGUCGACAUUGGAGACGGGGAUCAGCAGAACAAAGUGGUCGCUUUCGGACUACAACCCCUUUUCGACGUGCUCCUUUCCAAGCGUCGCGAGCUGUGGCGAAAAUUUGUGUGGUAUGAACGGACAAAAUACGAGAAAAAUCCUGUAAUGGCAUAUAGCUAUAGCACUACGAGUACGAGAAUGACACGGGAGGGGACGUCGAGAAUGACGCGAGAAGGGUUCUCGCGGGGCUUUGCAUCAUCAUGAAACCCCUUCUUGCCAUUCUCCCGAAAAGUAAUGCUUUCACGAGAAUGGGACGGCAUCGGCAUCGGAUUUCACGCCAAAACUUAGCCCCUGCGAGAAUGAUCAUUCCCACCCACCCUUUUUCGAGCCCCCCGUGUCCUUUUCGUAGCGUUGUAUGCUAUUACAGGAGUUUUUCCCUAUUUCGUCCGUUCAUAUUGUGUGGCAUUCGCGAAUGCGUGGGGUCUCGUGUGCUCGGCGCGGCCGAAUGGCAGCGCCAUAACGAAGAGGUGGAUCGCGAAAACGCCCGACGAAAAAAGGAGGAGGAGCGCGAUGAGCGCUUCCGAGAGGAAACAAGGAGGAAUGAAAUCGGAAGGAUUGCCCGGGAGAAAGACAGCGAAAAACGAGAACGGAUGAAGAAGGCGUACAUCAACCGGUAUGGAGAACCACAACCACGGGAAGAACCACAUUGGGAUGUUGUGCGAGAAGUCGCCCGAAACGGAAAAGAGCAAAACCCGCAGCAAAGGCGAACUAUGCAGGCUUUGAACGUUUUCAGAAACCACGAGCAAAGCCAAAACGGGCUGUGGCCAUUUUCAAGAGACACCGAGACCGAGAAAUAAAAACGAAGAUUCAAGGUGGUUUUACUUAAGAAAUCAAUCUUUUGAUUUGUCUUCGGAAGGUGUAGAGUCAACAUUUUCGACAGCGCAUCGUGAUGAGAAGUAUGAGUAUCACUGAUCGUUAUCAGUAUAACAAACUUUUGCUCCAUGAAGAUCACUCUCGG